AUUGGCCUCUCACCCGUCGCUCUUCACUCCUCCUUUGCCACUCUUUGCGUCUUGCGACCCAUGACCCAUCACGACGUCAUGAACCAUUUUCGAUCCAUUGUCAACGAAAUAACCGACUAGAUAUUUUAGCGUGAUCUGGCGUGAUUCACGCAUUCAACGGAUUUAAAUCGUGAAAGAAUAAGAACUGAUGAAUAUGGCUUCGACUAAGGUCGACUGGGGCCAAUAUGCCGACGAACAAGACAAAUUAACAUCAAAGGUAACAUGGGGUUCUCGCGGGAAAUAUAUUACACAUUUGCUUGAGCAUAAUUCUCUUCAUCUGACUCCUGCUGCAUCUGUAAAAGAUGGAGAUGCAAAGAGCGAUGAUGAUACAGCGGAGGAUCAGAUUUCACCGGCGGAGAAAUCACACCUGCAAAAGAUUUUAAGGAAAAAAUUAGUUGAAACGACAAAAGAUAUAGAGGUUCAAAGAAAUGAUCCACAAUCUCCAUUAUAUAGUGUCAAAACAUUUGAUGCUCUUCAUCUCAAGCCUGAACUAUUGAAAGGAGUAUACGCUAUGGGGUUUAAUGCCCCGUCAAGAAUUCAGGAGACUGCAUUACCUACCUUACUCGCUGAUCCACCACAGAAUAUGAUUGCACAAUCUCAAUCUGGAACUGGUAAAACAGCUGCAUUUGUACUCGCCAUGUUGAGUCGGGUGGAUGUUACAAAAAAUUACCCACAAGUACUUUGUCUAUCACCAACUUAUGAAUUGGCGAUUCAAACGGGUGAAGUAGCGGCAAAAAUGUCACGCUUUUGUCCCGAGAUAAAAAUAAAGUACGCCGUGAGAGGAGAAGAAAUAAGCCGUGAAUCAACCGACGAGAACAGAAGAGAAAGAACUAAACCAAAGAUCACCGAGCACAUAAUUAUAGGAACUCCGGGCAAAGUGCUGGAUUGGGGACACAAAUUUAAAUACUUUGAUCUAAGCAGAAUAUCUGUUUUUGUAUUGGAUGAAGCAGACGUAAUGAUUGCUACACAAGGUCACCAAGAUCAAUGCAUCCGCAUCCAUAAAUUACUUGAUCCAGAGAAAUGUCAAAUGAUGUUUUUUUCUGCGACUUAUGAACCAGAAGUGAUGAACUUUGCAGAGAUUAUAGUCAGUAAUCCAUUAAUAAUACGGCUAUUAAGGGAAGAAGAGAGUUUAGACAAUAUCAAACAGUACUACAUUAAAUGCAAAAGUAUAGAUGAGAAAUAUACAGCUAUUACUAACAUUUAUGGCGUAAUAACAAUCGGACAAGCAAUCAUUUUUUGUCAUACGAAAAAGACAGCCAGUUGGUUGGCAGAAAAGAUGACGAGAGAUGGGCACGCAGUAGCGAUACUCUCUGGUGACUUGACAGUUGAACAGAGAAUUUCUGUACUAGAUAGAUUUAGAGCAGGACUUGAGAAAGUUCUCAUCACCACAAAUGUCUUAGCCAGAGGUAUUGAUGUAGAACAAGUGACGAUAGUGGUUAACUUUGAUCUGCCGAUGGACCACAAACGGCAAGCUGACUGCGAAACAUAUUUGCACAGGAUCGGCAGAACAGGUCGAUUCGGUAAAUCGGGGAUUGCUAUUAAUUUAAUUGACUCGGUGCAUGCGAUGGAAUUGUGCAAAGACAUAGAGAAACACUUUGGCAAGAAAAUUCAUUAUCUAGACGCGGAAGAUGCGGACGAAAUCGAAAAAAUCGGCGCUUAGACUAAUAUAUAGACUAAUAUAUAGCGAACAUAAGUAUGCUUUUUAUUAUGGAUAUAUCUAUAGACUUAAGAACAUAUAUAUAUAUAUAUAAUAUUUUUUAAAGCGGACUUUGUAUUUUGAAUAUGAAAUAUUUUUUUUCCAUGAACACACGGACAACAAUGCUACACUAUAACAAAUUGCUUCUUUCCCCUCUUAUACUUAUGUCUUUUUCUCUAUCUCUCUUGCAACUACAUUUUGUAUAUUUCAUUGAAAUAUAAUGAUCGGACGAGAAAUAUUGUAGGAACACAAAAAUACUUUUGGAAAAUAUUUUUAUAUGCAUGUGUUGAGAGAAAGUUCACACAUGCACGUAGGAAACAUCAAUCUAUUUAUUUGCUUUGAGAUUUUGUUCAACUUUAAACUUAACUUUG